CGGAGUCUGAGGAACAUCGGUGUCAUCAUAAUGUUGGCAGUGUUGCCUUCUUGACUUGGUUGUGGCGUGUGUGUGUGUGAGAGAGAGAGAGAGAGAGAGAGAUAGAGAGUUUGCGUCGGUGCUGUUUGGUAUCAGCUGCAGCUGCUGUAAGCAGUAAGCUGUAAGCUGUAAACUUGUUUGUUGUGCCGCUGGUAUCUGUUACGUCCUAUUUCGGAGCAACAACGGCUUCUUGGGCGAAGCUGGACGAUGUUCUCCACACUGCAGAAUAUUCCGGUGUACAAUGACCCUCAUCAUCAUCACAGGCCAGGCGCCCGUCAACCAUUUGUCUCUAUCGCCGAAGAUGAGAUGAAGGAUCCGCUUUUGUGCCGCGCCCCAAUCGCCUCGUUGGACUGUAUGGAGGAGUUCCAAGGCUGCGGUGGUGACCAUGUGUCUACUAGGAGCGACUCUCAGGCCCUGGUCUCCAGGCAGUCCUCCUUCGCCUCCAGCCUCAAGUACAAGCCCCUGGGAAAGUCAGGCCUCCGAGUAUCGCAGCUCGGCCUCGGUACUUGGGUGACCUUCAGCCCCCAGGUAUCGGAAGAUACGGCGGAGGAGAUCAUCAGCGUGGCCUACGAGGCGGGCAUCAACCUCUUUGAUCUCAGCGAGGCCUACAGCGGAGGGCGGGCCGAGAUCCAGCUGGGUAAUAUCCUCAAGAAGAAGAACUGGAGGAGGACCUCCUACCACGUCAUCACCAAGGUCUACUGGAACUCCAAAGGCGACGAGCGAGGUCUGUCUCGCAAGCAUAUCAUAGAAUCUGUCAAAAUGUCCCUGGAACGACUUCAGCUGGAUUACGUGGACGUGAUCAUCAUACACAGAGCGGACGACAUGUGCCCUAUGGAAGAAGUUUUUCGCGCAGCCUCGCAUUGCAUAGACCAGGGCUGGUGUAUGUACUGGGGGACAUCGAGGUGGUCCGCCGUUGAGAUCAUGGAGGCGUGGACAAAUUGCCGGCAGUUCAACUGCAUCACGCCCAUCGUCGAGCAGAGCGAGUACCACCUUUUCUGCAGGGGCAAGACCGAACUCUACCUGCCGGAGAUGUACAACAAAAUUGGUGUUGGGACAAUGGCGUGGUCCCCGCUGGCCAUAGGCCUAAUUUCGAGCAAGAUGGACGAGGGGAUGCCAGUGUUCACCAGACAGUCGUUCAAGGGCUACACAUGGCUGAAGGACAAGGCUGGCACCGAGGAAGGACGCAAACAGCAGACUCGACUUCGGGAGUUGGCCCAGUUGUCGGAGAGGCUCGGAUGCACCCUGACACAGCUCUCCGUCGCAUGGAGUAUGAAAAACGAUAACUUACACUGUGUCCUGAUUGGCGCUGCCACAGUCGAUCAGUUGCUCGAAAACAUCAAUUCACUUCAGGUUGUCCCGAAGCUGAAACCGGAACACAUGAGCGAGCUGGAGCGCAUUCUCGACAACAAGCCUGUGCGCCCACCCAUGAUAUCAACUCUUGCGCAAAGAUGACAGGAGCUUGCGGCGCAGGGGAUAGGCGUCGAGGAAGAGAGUGAGGAGGUAGUGUGAACCAGCUAAGACUCCCUUCUGCGUCAUCAUGUAAGAAUUGCAGCAACCCCUGCGGCGUGAAAAUCAGAAUCCAUAACUCAAGAAGAAGAAGAAGAAGAAGAAGAAAACAAAGAAGAAAAAGAAGAAGAAAUCAAGAAAAAUUGCAUCAAGAUAAUACAGGAGAUGAAGAAGAAAGAAGCUUAUUCGUGUACUACGUGACAGAAAUCGUAGUACUUCUAUCCAGAGCAAGACGAGGAAGCAAUAAGUGGUGUAGUACUAGAACUUCAGAUUGGUUUAUCACUUCAUAACUCGACCUAAAAAAUGUGGUCGCUGGAAAAUAUAUCACACUUGAAGAGAAUGAUUGAAAAUGAUCAAAUGUAAUGAUAUUACAGCCAAUCAAAAUGCCUUUUUAUUGUUGUUGUUGUUAUAACAAAUGAGUAGUUGUAAAAUUAUUAUUAUUAUUGUCCAGCCUCUGGAUGUUUCGAGUUGCUAAAAUUAUAUGAGGAAUAGAGAUUGAUAACCUAGAAAAAGUUAUGAUAGCUUUUAAAAAACGGUAGCCUCAUUCACAGUCAGCUAGAGAAGUAACCAUACUCGUACUAUAAUGGUAGUACUAUACUCACGACAGUGUUUGUUUUCAAACGACUGUAUAAAAGUUGAUGGUGAUCAUUGUUAAUAUAAAAAAAAGAGCGAGGUUUUUUUUGGUUUAGUUUUGGUGUAUGAAGCAUAUCCUCAAUUUCACCUUUUAAGACAACAAUCGUUAUCAUAAGAUGGCGGCAUCAUUCUGUGGCGUCACAAGGAAUCCAAAAAAAUAAAUAAAAAAUGGCGGGAAGCCUUCAACUUUCAAUAUUGUGAUAUGGGAACUUUCAAUGGCUUUGUCCGAAAUGGUCAGGACUCUCUUGUCUUAGACUAAUGUAGCAUUGGUUGGCAGUAGUUUAGCAUCAUUUAUUGCUUUUGAAGCCCUGCCAAUCUCUCACAAGAGGUGUGCAUACAGUAUAUCCACAAAGAGCGAUUAAUUACUGCUCUCGGCAUCAAAAAGCCUAGAAACAACCCAAGUUUUUUCCUUUGGUCCCUUGAAAGGUUCUGUAGUGCGAAAGGUUUCUUCUUUCGACUACAGGACAGUUGCUUCUGGUGCACCAGAGACGUCCACACCCAUUGGACUCCCUUGUAUAAUAGGCCUUCCUUAUUCAUCUGUGCCUCUCCAUUUUGGACAACUUAUCGCUAGUGUUCCCGUAACUAAACUGCCUUGGACCUAGUUAACACUUUUCCAGUGCUUCAAUGUAGUCAUGGUUUGAUUAGUAGUGAUGUACAGGUUAGAAAUAUACCAAAAACAUUCAAAAAACUUUUCAAGAUAUAUCUUCUGGAAACCAGUACGAGCGACGGGUGGUGUGAGGCGAGCAUGUGCAGUGCAGUGCGCGCACCGAGUCUCCAUGAGACGCCUAGAUCGCCGAUAUGGUCAAUUUUACUAACCCUUUGUAAUGAAUUAAGCCAAACUUAUUAAUGAAAAAUAGCAUGCCACUAAACUUAAGAGUUACUUAAUGGGUAGUGUAGAGGUACUACUAUUAUUUGAUUAUGCUAUUGCAUGGUUUAUCAAAUUCAGAGGUAAAACAAAACAAUAUUUAGCGUUUUGAUGUACACAACAGAAUUCAGAGAACAUAUAUGUACUCAUCAUGACAGUUCAACCCUAGAUUCUCAGUGAUUUUAAGUACUUAGAGCAAAAUUUGUGUUUAUUAUUAUUAUCAUUAUCACUGUUAUUAUUAUUAUCCCAUUGACAAAAGUAGAUUUCAUAGUUUAGUAGUGUUUAAGAGGUUGCAUAAAAACAUCAUCUUUGGCAGCUGCAAGGCCAUUUGUCUAAUGCUGUUGAAUAACUAGAUAGUACUAUACAGCUUCCCGACUUGUAUAUGUUUCUCAUUUAUAGGUCACAAUAAUCUUGCUUUUAUUUUCGAGAGUUGUCCUCAUAUCAGCAAAGCUUUAAUCACAGCCAAAGUCUAGGUCUGCGGACUUCAGUUGACUGCUUUUUGUUUUUUUAUUAAACUAAUAUUGAUCGACUCAGCGAGAGGUGUAAAGUGCUUCACGUUCCGUUUUCUUUUGCGCUGCAAGGGUCGCUUCAGAGAACACGGCCCUGUUCUUCUUCCGUUAGGGUGUUGUUGAGUUUCUUACUUUGGUUUUGGCGGUUCGCUGAACAGACACAGAACCCUCUGAUUGUAUCGGCAUUAUUCUGGUGGGCAUCACUUCAUCACUGUCUCUCUGCCAGACAGGGUGUAGGGCUUCGGAACUAACCCUUAAUUGAAGAAAAAGCAAAAAAAAAAAAGUCCUUUGUCACUUAUUUAAAAUUCUGAUGUUUCAUCUCUCACUCAGAAGCCCUAGUGGAUCACAAAAGUAAACUGGCACAGCCAUAUAUCUUCAUUGCCUUCCUGAAAGUGAAUUCCCUUUCCCUUACAGAUGAAUGACUAGAUGUUCUCUGUCACAGUCAAGUUAGCAGUCUUAUACAACCAGUUGAUAGGCUCUAUUCUGUCACAAUCAAGCUAGCCUACCCUCUCACUCCACUGGGCAUCUUAUUUUAUUUUGUCACAAUGGAGUAAGUUCACCCUCUCUAUAUGGGUGGCAGUCUGUGCUUAAAUAUUCACUCAAAUGGGCCACAGCUGUUUGACAGAUCAGUCAGGGGUGCUUUCCACUUUUUCACACACCUCAGCCUGUUUACAAUUUGUUCAGAGGUUCAUGGUUCUCUUCCUAAUCAGCUUAGCAACUGGCUGCACUCACAUUUAAGGUAAACUUGGUCUGAAGAUAAAAAAGAUAAUAAGAUUUCAAGACACUUUAUUAUAUAUGACUCAGGAGCAAAUAGUUGUAACAGAUUCAAAACCAGUUCGUAAAUUUGUUUAAGAAAUCACCUAAGAGUUCUUUCAGACCUACAAAGAGUAAUCACCACAUCUGUAAGGGUCUCUUCUUGAGAAAAAUAAAAUAUUCAUAAUUUCCACACACGAGAUUAAUGCAUACAACAGAGGAAUGUUUUGUGUUCACUCACUCUGUUUCCUCAUUUGCCUCAUUAUUAUCAUAUAAUAAUGUAAAAAUACAAAAAAAAUAAUAUUUACAUAUAAGGUGGCACAAGCCAUUCAUCAGAUGCAAAUUGUCCCGUAUGUUACAUUAUGUCAUCCUAUUGUUUUGGUAUGUUAUUUUCAAUUCCUGUUGCGUCUCCUUGUAUUUUUGCGUUCCUCCAUGAUUCCUUCGUUCAAGGAAGCCAUCAUCAUUAUGCUGUUAAUUUUAAGCUGGGUAAUUUAACCGCCACGGUUGUUUACUCCUUUCCCCUUUUGUCAAUUUUUUGGUGAUGCAACUGGUUGUCACCAGAUAAAAGUAUGUGCUUUACAAAGUUUGUGAUAAGAAUCAUAUUUAUAUCUGAUAUUGUAUGAUAAUGGUAUAAUCUUUGUUCUUAUAGAACAGAAAGAGUGAGGUGCCCGGCGAAUGACGUUCUUCGCAGUGCACCAGAGCCUAACAUUCACUCGUAGCCAAGCAGGUCUUGGAGUGGUUACCAGUCUCUCAUAAACAGGUUAAUUAAUCAGUGUUUCACUAUCACCAGUAGCCAGAUUGGUCUACGAUCGUUUCGCAGUCACUCGUAGCCUGGUUGGUCUGUGAGAGUUCCAUUAUCACUCUUGACCGGAUUGGACCGCGAGUUUGUGUUGGUUAGGCUGCAAAGGUGCCACCGUGGCAAAAGAACCUAUGUUUUUGAUGUAAUAAGCAUAAAGUAAUACACAUCAAUUAUAUACAGUGACAUAUUGCUCAGCCCUUAUAUUCUGCAUGAAAUAGCUCAUUUCAUUCAAUGACUUUGUGUCUCAUAAAGGGUUCUAGAUUUUUUACAACUGGAAAGAGGGGGGUUUAUCUGGCAGGUCAUACGAGGAUUUAGAUUAUGUUGGCAACAACAUAUAACCAAAAUUGUUGGCGAGGCAGUUCGCUGGGCACCUCACUGAUCACUUCAGUAGUAGCACAUGAAUGGCAAUAGCGGUUAACAUUAUGCGGGGGUCGUCUUGAAAUUUUUUUAGGAGGGUGUCAUCGUAUAACUGUCAUUUUUUAUCAUUGUUUAGUUGUGUGCAAUUCUAGCAUCGAGUUUGCCAUGUUACAUAGUGUGUCUAAUGUAGAUUACAAAAUGUUUCUAUUUGGCGAAGCACCAAUGAUAGGAACUUCCAUGCAAUAAUACAGAGGUGAAAACAAAAAGAGUAGUGUUCACAUUGCAUUGCAAAUGCAGCUGAAUUGGGCUGAUAUCUUGAGUUAUGAAACCAUUACUUAAACCAGUGUACUAGAGGAUGUUUUCCCCAUCAUCAGUUAACUGUUUUCAUAGCAAUAAUAAUUGUAAAUUACAGGGGAUUACCUGUGCCAUCAUAUAUUAUCCAUUUGGGACGAGUUGAAAAAGAGGUCGAUUUAAAAAAAUAAAAGAGAGAGAAAUCUUGAGUCAAAUGACUGAAAAAAAAAUCCAAGUCCAUAAAUUGCAAUUUAUGGAUGGUAACAUGCUUUGUCAAUACUGCUCUUUGAAUAUUCCUGUCUGCCAUCAUUAUAUAUCUGUUAACAUUCUUUGUUAUGUAUAUAGAUAUGAAUAUAUAUAAAUAUAUAUAAAUUAUAAAUAUACAGCCGCGACCCCCUUUAUGUUGACUUGUUAGUCCGUUACAUAAAAGUUGUUCAGGAGUUGACGGUUCCUCAACCUUGCUAGGAUAUAGGGUUUUCUCAUCAUCAUCGAUAUUCGAAGAGGAUUACGGUUAUCUGUUGUUAAGCCAUGUUAGUUACUUUUCAAAUUUUUAACUCUUCCCUAAUGUUAAGAGCCAAUCAUAUGAGACUUGUCCAUCGAUCGAAGUUGUUUUCCAAGAAUCUCGGGCGCCCUUGUCUGGGAGGCGUCGAGCAGUACCAAAGUGUAUAUACGCGAUGACUUAUGACGAUAUACAUAUACAUAUAUAUAAAUAUACUAUAUAUUUACACCAAUGGAUGAAAUCCAAAUUUAAAUGGUGCUCGUGUUAUUGGUGGUUGCACUGCAACAUGCAGUGUCGAAGGAAGGAAGGAAGGAAGUUAGGAAGGACUCACAUCUGAAUUUUCUCUGGAGAUGAAAACAGUCGCGGAUGAUCUUGUAACUCAUAGUGUUUUUGCCAUUAUUAAUAUAAUUAUAUCAUUAUUAUGGUUGUAUUCACAUAUGUAUGCUUGUAUGAUAUACUGAUGCGUAUGUACAGAAAUGGUGAUACAAAGACAAAACAUACUUAGAUAUAUAUACAGUAUGUGUAUGUGCUUGUAACUAUCAGGUUGUGUACAAUAUAUAUAUAUACAUAUUGUGUAGAUAUGUAUGUAUGUGUACAUAUUCUGUACAUAAGUGUCUGUGCACAUAUGCAGUAUAUACUGUACCUAUAUAUCUUCAGUAUGAAUCCACAGAGGACAUACAAUAUGUUGAAUGCAGUUUCAUUGUUGCAUCAGAAGUUGCGUGGUGGGCAAAUCUGUAGACAGACUUUGGAACCAACUACUACUAGCAGGCCUUUCAAUUUGUCCUGUGUAAGGCCAACUAUAUACAGCUUAUCCUUAUUGCAGUGAAACAAUCCAUAUGUAACUUGAAUUUACAUUUUUUUUAUGGUAAAGAUCCAUUUCGGCUCGAUGCUUUGACCAAAAUCCAAGUUGAAAUCAAAAUGCCUCGGUAUGUGUGGCUACCUACUAUGCUCCUCGAUCAGAUCUGUCGCACCUGUUGAGUGUCAUGACCUGAUACUUCGGACAGAGCUGAUAGUACUAGUAGAAUGACAGUGACCUCAGAGGAGCAGCAGCAGUAGCAGUAGCAGUGUCACUGGAAAAUACAAAAAAUCCAGACUAUUCAAGGACCUGCCAUCCUCUUUGAAACAUUUUUAUCGUUAAGAUCCAACGCUUGUGCAUUAUACUUACACAAAGAUACUCUCUUUUUUCCCUGUGCCACUCUCUCUCUCUCUCUCUCUCAUCAUUGCUGUCAUGGCAUUGUUUUAUAGGUCUAGAUCACUCAAGUGGAUUGUGCAGGAGUUGAGAAUUGUUGUGAUUGAAUCUUCACUGUCCAUCAGCUCAGUAUGACUUGGCCCGGUAUAUUUUUGACAUAUAUCUCGGGGCUGUUUAAUGAAUUUGCACGACAGCUUUUCCACACACUACAGUCACAAGCGUCCCCCGUAAGAGAUUGAUGUUGGGGCGAUUGGAUCACAGUCAUCAGUGUUGAGGCACACACAUACACCACACACAGCUGUUCAAGGGGGAAAGGAGUGCGUUCAGACGAGAAAAGAAAAUGUGGCUAAAAAAUCAAAUGUUUUGCUCCAGGAAUGGGGCAGCUUGUUUUUGCACGUGACAAAGUUAAUGUUAGCAUGUCCACUUAGAAUAAAGUACAAAAGUGUGAGCCAACUCGAUGUACGUAAAGAUCAAACGAAAAAAAAAAAGACUGACUUUCUUCUCUUCUUAUCAUAAAUAACACAUUUAAGCCAGGCGUCAGUACUAAUGAUUUAACAACAUAGCAGUGAUGGACAAUGUAUAAGAAAUGCCAACAUCAGACAAGUUUCUGGGUGGUAUUUGAAAAGCACCCAGGCUGAACAGCGCCUCAGCGGCGUGGUUGGUAUGGUAUUAGCGUCCCACCUCGGUGGUCGCGGGUUCGAUUCUCGGCCAUUCCAUUGAGGAGUGAGAGAUAUGUAUUUCUGGUGAUAAAAGUUCACUCCUCGACGUGGUUCGGAAGUCACGUAAAGCCAUUGGUCCCGUUACUGAAUAACCACUGGUUCCAUGCAACGUAAAAGCACCAUACAAACAAACAAACAGAUGAUCUCUCUGAACUGGAGCUCCUUGAUGCCACUUGUGCAUAGUUUUAGAUGAGGCAGUAUGAAAUGACAUACAUGCCUGUCAAAAGAAAGAUCUGAUUUUUCUUCCUGAAAUAGAUAGAAAAUGUUGAGCACAUUUCAGUCCACCACACACCCUGGCCAUUUCCUGAUUCACAUGAGACCAUCUUUUCCAAACCAUUAUCUCUCUCUCUCUCUCUCUCUCUCUCUCUCUCUCUCUCUCUCUCUCUCUCUCUCUCUCUCUCUCUCUCUUUUACCAUCAUUCCAACAGCGUGUUUGCCUCAGCCCUAAUGUGUGUCCAUUUUUUUUAUAGAUAUUCCACGAUCUUCGGUAUGAAGUAUACACACCAUACCUACACCUUUCCUAACCCACACAGUCAGAAGACGCCUGCAGUUUAACAUUGUGCACUAUGUAUACAUAAUCAGUGUACUGUACAAUGCUCAUCAUCUUUUUCUCCUAUCCUCUCCCUCCGCCUCUUCCUUUAUCUUUUUUAUUUUUCUUUUAGAUACUAGAACCCCCAUGCCUCAGAAACAGCCCCCCCCCUUUUUUUUUUCUAUGAAUAACAGCAUGUCUAUCCAGGUUCUAGAAAGGACAGUAAUGUACUUCGCACGAGUUUAUGUAAUAAACUGAGGUUUCAACAGGUUUGUGUUCGUUUAGCAGUUGGGAGUUUUCUCUGUGUAACUGCAGACCCAAAUCUCUUCAACUUUUUGUUGUUGUUGUUGUUGUUGGUGACGAAGUGAACCGUUUGUUUUGAAGGCAACACUGAAUUCACGUCAUGGCCCGAUUUUCCCCAUUGAACGUCAUGAUCCAGACCAGUCGACAACCAUUUCUCCUCCAAUGAGAUUGUGUCUUGUACGAAAUUUGUUCAGAUUUUUUUUUUUUUUUAACCAGCACAGAAGGUGGUCAGGUUGGGGAGAGGUUUGUUUUAUAUAUCAAAAUGUCAUAAAUACUCUUAGUGCAUAUCAGUCCCUUACUGUUCUUUCCAAAUAUUGUUAAGUUUCUUAGGAUACUCAUAUCUGAUACCAUUUACUGACAUUAAUAAAAACUUCCUUGGAAUGAA